CUCUCCCUGAUACUCAUGGACAGCUGUCGUCAUUCAGAGGGCUCUCAGGAUUUCAUUUUUCAUAGGAGUUAAAAAGGGUUUUUACCUUGGACGUGAAAGGGGCAGGGGCACAACUUUGCCAGUUCUGAGGCUGUUUGGGCAAGGAGUCUGACUGAGAGGCCCCAGUUCUGUGAGACCCUUUGAAGGACUGUGCCAGUUCCACGUUGUGUGGCUGUGUGCUCACACCAGCUGAAGCAAUGGCAACUCUCUGGUUCAGAUUCAGUAGCUGCUAGGGAAGAUGGAUGCGGAGGUUGAGGAUAAAUCAUUGCUUACUCUCUCAAAAGGAACUGAAGUACCAAUGGAUUCUCUGAUCCAAGAGCUCAGGGCUGCAUAUGAUUGCUCUAUGGCGAAGAAGAGGAGAGCUGAAAAGCAGGCACUGGGGGUGCCAGUUAACAAGCGGAAAUCCCUGUUAAUGAAACCACGGCACUACAGCCCAGAUGUGGACUGCAAGGGAAACCCGGACAACAGGAAUGAGGAUGAUGGCCUCUUAGAGACGAAUGAUCACUCCACUGCAGAGGGAAACAUGGUAAAGCCUGUAGAGGAGACCCUUCAUUCACCUGCUCAAGAAAACUCGCUCCAGACAGAAGACCAAUAUGCGUGUUAUCCAGAGCUCAUGGGUAAAUCUCUAAUGCACCUAGACAAAUACGAAGAAAGCGUGUCUGUGCCAACCAUAAGAGAAAACUUAAACGACAGUGGCAUCCAGUCUUUAAAAGCAGAGAGUGACGAGGCAGAUGGGUGCUGUACGAGCCAUUCAGACGAUGGAAGGGACAAAGUCUUCAGCUCCCAGCCACCUUUCUGCUCCUCUGGCGACAGUGAAAGUGACUCUGACGGCGCCGAGAAUGGAUGGGGCAGAGGCUCCGUUUCCUCAGAAGACACGGACCCUCACAGAGGCCACAAACACAAGCCGGCAUACGCCAAAAAAGACCUGCUGGAGGUUCCUGAGAUAAAAGCUGAAGGUGACAAAUUUGCCCCAUGUGAGAACAGGUCUGAUUCCGACGCCGAAGGGAGUGACCCACAGAACUCCCACACGGAACCCUUGGCUGUCAAAGCCCGGCCUUCCUUCCCAGAGGCUGAAGAUGGUGAGAGCCUGGUCCCCAGUACAGAGGAGCCUGGAGAAGUGGAUAAAGUGAAGGGGAACCUGAGUUUGUUAGAGCAAGCUAUUGCUCUGCAGUCUGAACGAGGUUCUGUCUUCCAUCACACCUACAAGGAGCUGGACUGCUUUCUCCUGGACCACCUGGUGAGGGAGCGGAGGCAACCCAAGGUUACUGACACUGGUGGAAGACAAAUCUUUAACAAUAAACAAUCGGGAAUCUGGCGGAUUGUUCUUGGACCUGCAUUCUCUGUUUAUUCGCCAAGGCCUGAAAGGAGGGAGGCCAAGUGCCCCAUCCCUGGCUGUGACGGCACGGGGCACGUAACUGGGCUCUAUCCCCACCAUCGCAGCCUUUCCGGGUGCCCCCACAAAGUGCGAGUUCCUCUGGAAAUUCUUGCCAUGCAUGAGAAUGUGCUCAAGUGUCCCACCCCAGGAUGCACAGGAAGGGGACAUGUGAACAGCAAUCGCAACACUCACAGAAGUCUUUCGGGUUGUCCCAUUGCUGCGGCUGAAAAGUUGGCAAUGACCCAGGACAAAGGUCAACUUGAUUCUUCCCAAACUGGACACUGUCCUGAGCAAGCUCACAGGACGAAUUUGGUGAAGCAAAUUGAAUUUAACUUCCGUUCACAAGCCAUCGCCUCUCCAAGAGCCGCUGCAUCAAAAGAACAAGAGAAGUUUGGGAAAGUACCAUUUGAUUAUGCCAGUUUUGAUGCACAAGUUUUUGGUAAACGUCCUCUCCUACAAACAGGGCAAGGACAAAAAACACCACCAUUUCCUGAAUCAAAGCAUUUUUCAAAUCCAGUGAAAUUUCCUAAUGGGCCGCCUAGUGCUGGCGCCCACACACAGAGCACAAUCCGUGCCAGCUCUUAUGGCCAUGGUCAGUGCAGUGAAGACACCCACAUAGCAGCAGCUGCUGCCAUCCUGAACCUUUCCACCCGCUGCAGGGAAGCCACAGACAUCCUCUCCAACAAACCACAGGGCCUGCGUGCCAAGCAGGGAGCUGAGAUAGAAGUGGAUGAAAAUGGCACAUUGGACUUGAGCAUGAAAAAAAAUCGAAUCCUGGACAAGUCUAUACCCCCAACUUCCUCUCACCCGAUAAUUUCAACCCCAUCUUCUUCCCCAUUCAAAGCAAGCAGCCUUUUGGUCAAUGCUGCUUUCUAUCAGGCUCUCUGUGACCAAGAAGGCUGGGAUGUGCCCAUCAACUAUAGCAAAACCCAUGGAAAGACAGAGGAGGAGAAAGAGAAAGACCCCGUGAACUCCCUAGAAAAUUUAGAGGAAAAGAAGUUUGCUGGAGAGACCUCUAUUCCAAGCCCAAAGCCCAAGCUCCAUUCAAGAGAUCUCAAGAAAGAACUGAUUACCUGCCCAACACCAGGAUGUGAUGGAAGUGGCCAUGUCACAGGCAACUAUGCAUCUCACCGCAGUGUGUCUGGAUGUCCUCUAGCAGAUAAGACUCUUAAGUCCCUCAUGGCUGCCAACUCUCAGGAGCUUAAGUGUCCGACACCAGGUUGUGACGGUUCUGGGCAUGUGACUGGAAACUAUGCUUCCCAUAGAAGCUUGUCUGGGUGCCCUCGUGCAAGGAAAGGUGGCAUCAAAAUGACCCCUACCAAGGAAGAAAAGGAAGACUCUGAACUUAAGUGUCCUGUAAUAGGGUGUGAUGGUCAAGGUCACAUAUCGGGUAAAUACACGUCACAUCGCACAGCUUCUGGCUGCCCUCUGGCUGCCAAGAGACAGAAGGAGAAUCCCCUCAAUGGGUCCCCUCUCUCCUGGAAGCUGAACAAGCAAGAACUUCCCCACUGUCCUUUGCCAGGAUGCAACGGGCUGGGGCAUGUCAAUAACGUCUUCGUCACCCACAGAAGUUUAUCUGGAUGCCCUCUCAAUGCACAAGCUAUCAAAAAGGUCAAGGUGUCUGAGGGACUAAUGACCAUCAAGCUCAAAGCAACCGGGGGUAUUGAUGGUGAUGAAGAAAUUAGGCAUUUGGAUGAAGAAAUAAAGGAACUGAAUGAAUCCAACCUUAAAAUUGAAGCAGAUAUGAUGAAACUUCAGACCCAGAUAACGUCUAUGGAGAGCAACUUGAAGACCAUAGAGGAAGAGAACAAGCUUAUAGAGCAGAGCAAUGAGAGUCUGCUGAAGGAGCUGGCGGGGCUCAGCCAGGCUCUCAUAUCCAGCCUUGCUGACAUCCAGCUGCCACAGAUGGGGCCUAUCAAUGAGCAGAAUUUUGAAGCCUAUGUAAAUACUCUCACAGACAUGUACAGCAAUCUGGAACGAGACUACUCUCCGGAAUGCAAAGCUCUACUGGAAAGCAUCAAGCAGGCGGUGAAGGGCAUCCAUGUGUAGGAGGGCAGCUCGCAGGAAACAGAGGUCACCACAGCAGGGAACUCUAGCAGAUCCAUAGGGGACCUUGCACCCCUGGAGCCUGGAGGCCGCCCCCUGCGUUUACAAUUGCAACAUUGCACUAAUUUUUCCCUGGCUGACAUAAAAAGGAAAGAAAAACUAUGAUAAACUCUUUGGAUUAAAAGCAAUGCAGUGAAUUAUUAGAUCUCAUUUAUUUUCAUAUCUUUUUCUUUUAUUUCUUCAUUGCACUCUUUAUUUUGUAAAGUAUAUGUAAAAUAAAUGUUACAUUUUAUAUUUUAUUUAUUACUAAUCAAAGAGUUUUUUAUCUUUUAACUACAUUUUGGAGUCUACCAUAUUUUUACAGGUGUGUUUAUUAAUUUGUCUUCUAAUAGGAUUUAAAUAGAAAUCCUAUUCUCAAAUCACACAUCUUUCUGAGUUUAAAUGAGAAAAAAAAAACAACAAAAAAGGAAGAUGUGAAGGAAAUCCCGGUGUCAUGAUUGCACUAUGGUCAAUUUUGGUUUCUACUGUGCACUUCUUUUCCCCCCUAUAUUGGUUUUUGAUAAUGUGAGCUGCAAAGGAAUAUGAAGAUAAAUGGCGCCCACUAGUGGGAAAUCCAUGUUCAUAAAAGCACAGGAUGCUGGCAAACAGCAUGCUCAAAACUUGAUAGCAAUAAUUAAAUAAAAUAGUCAGCAAGGCAUUCCACGUGGCUGCACGGAUUUAAUUAAUAUGAAUUAUUUAUUUGAGCUGUUCAAAUCAUAGAUUUUAAGUGAAUCAGAUAUGUCUCUUUUUUUUUCAAGUCAGUCACAUUGGCUAGUUGGCAACCCUUCCCCAAGAUGAGAAAUAAGCUUUGAUGUGACCAGUCAAGCUUCUCCUGCUAUAUGUUAGUACAAUAUUACAAGUGACAAUAUUGGUAUAGAAUUUUACUUAGCAAAUACAGACACAUACAAAUGGAAAUUUUGUAGAUAACAUAUCCCCUGAAAUAGCAUGUAUCCUACUAGGUUGACUGGAAAAGAGUGGAAAACAUAAUAAGACAGGAAAAAGUAUUAUUCCAAUAUGAAUAUUGGCAACAUUGGUCUGCACUGCCCAUAAUAAGACAACUUUCAAUUUGAUAUAAUCCUUGAACUACACACACACACACACACACACAUACACACGCAUACACACACACACACACGCAUACACACACACACACAUACACACGCAUACACACACAGUCACAAACACUUAUCCACACAUGAAAUUGAGUCUACAAUCUCAACUGGAUCAGAGUUUAGUAAUUGCUGUAGAAAAGGCAAUGUCUAUUUCAGGGACUGUAAAGUAGUUUAAGCAUUGUUUCAAAAGUUUUUUUAUAUUUAUUUUUUUUAAUGAAACGGUAUAGACAACCAGCUAAACUGCCUUUUUGGUGUGCACACACAUUUCAUGUGCAGAUGUGCCUCUGUGUAAAUGCACACAUGAACUUUAGUGUGAGCUUAAUUUUCUGUGCUAUAAUAAAAGUGUUUAUUUUUUUUAGCCUCAUGAAUACUUAGAUUUAGUGCGAUGGCAUUCACAGGCUUGAAUUCACUGUUACUGUUACCUGCUCCGAUACAUGAAAAGUGGUCCAGUCGCUCGCUCCGCUCUCACGGAUCUGUGGUUCCUGUUAUGCAUCAGGUGGGGCUUAUCUUUGGUUUGGGGUUCAUUUGAACUCUUGAAUCUUAGUUUAGUGAAAAUGAGAUGUCUGUCCUUAGGUAGGGAAAGGUGUUUAUUUAAAACUCAGUUCAAAAGAAGCAGCCGCCAUGAGUGGUGUCUACUGAAAACGGGACACAAAGUUUCCUAUUGAAGUAUAUCUCUGAGCGUUUUGCUACACAGUACUUCAAAGAAGCACACAAAUGGGCUCACUUAUUACAAAGACAGAAGUUUACUUUGCUAAAUAUUUUAACAUAUUUGUUAUAUAUUUUAUUUAAAGAGAUCUCUUGCAAACCUAUGUAUUUAUUACUAUAAUUUACAUGAUCUCAGUUAAUUUAUUUGUGUUCACAUAGUUUUAUGAAGGGUGUCUGUAUUUAUUUGCCGCCUUGGUACUUGCGUUUUGUAACAUGCACUGAGUUGUUUCCAUUUCAACUGUGUUAAUGACUGAUACUGUAAAUUGGAUCUUUUGUAAACAAAAUGGGCAAUGAUGUAUGCGUUUUUAUUUGAAGUAGUUUGUUUGUAUACUGUUUCUCCAAACAAUUACUAUUUCUUACAUCAAUGCAACAAAAUUGUGUUAAGUGCUGUACAUUUGGUGUAUGGUUAGAAAUA